AUGGAAUCGUCUUCUGAAUUGAGUGAAAAGAAAGAGGAAAAGAAAAAGACAGAAAGACCUAAAAAAUAUGCCGCAAUUGAUGCCCUUAUUUUCCCUGCCAAAGCUUGGACAGCUGGGAGUUUGAAUGCGGCCUCUUAUGUGUCCUUAACUGCACUACCUGGCGCCUUUGCCAGAUCAAACUUUGUCCGAAUUAUCCCUCAGGACGGGAGAUUUGAGUUAAAUCUCGACUUUCCUUGGGAACAACAUGGAGUUGGCUUUCGGGGCAGAGAAUAUCAAAAUCGCUUCUUCUUCAAAGAAGAUGAUUUGAAUAUCGAAGCUCUCAGAUCAUUUUGGUGCACUAUCCAAACCUUCGGCCAUUUCGUCAUCUGGGACCAAACCCCCGAAUUUCGGAUGCAAGAGAAGUGGUCAGAGCCCUACUUUAUGUAUAACAUAGGACACGAUAGCCCAUACGGCGUUUCUCAUGCGGACCAUCUCUUAGGCAAUCAAAAGAAAGAAGAACGACUUGGAUAUCAUACCAUCUUGUCUCAACAGCAGAAAAUUCGGGAGUUCCUCAACCGACCCCGAUCACAGCGCUCCAGAUUAUGGCAUUCCCCAUCACCGCGUCAUGACACUGCUCCAAUGAAAAGGAUUAUCCCCAGUGGCCUAAUUGAAGUGAGCCGUCAGAAAAAGCUGAAAAUCGGCUACCUGUACGGAAAAUCCGACAAAAAUAGCAGUAAUACUACUGGAAAGAACAAUGGACCAGUGUUUCGAGAAAGCUCGUUCACAAUAAUUCCCAAUCGGCUACCUAAAUAUAUGCAUUCACGUACUGUCCAUGUCGAUUGGACAGUGCUAGUCCUGAGCUCUUCCAAUUUCUUCAAACAACCAGCCCAGAACGACGUGGAUACGGACUGGAAAUCAGUUUUAAGCGAGGAGAGCUUAUUAAACGCUCAAACGGUUAUUAUUGUGGACGCAAUUAGUAAAGUGGAAAAUCGAUGGCGGGAUCUCAUUGAAUACAUUGGAGGCUUGUUAGUCGAAGAUUUCAUGGAUCCAAAGUCUUAUGGAAUGCUACUCUUCGACGAUGAGACUUUCAGUCGGUCAAGACUUUAUUUCUGGGUCAUCGGUUGCCUCAACGAAUUCGAUAUAAGCAUUGAAGAUGAUAUUAAACAGUGGAAGCUUUUUCGGCAAGCGCGAAUUGAUCCCAGACUCGAAUUACUACAAGAUUCACUCGAAGGAGGAGAUAUAGAAGUAUCCAACGAAUUGGCUAAACUUGAAAAUUUGCGUACGCGGGGCGAAGAAGUCCGACAGGGAUUAGAAGAUUUACAAGCCCAGUUUCGAACGAAAUUAGUAACUGUACAAACGCUACGCGAUGGUCUUUUCAAUGCCAGCGCGCUCAUAGAGAGCAGAUCAUCCACUAGACUGGGCAAAAACGUGAAGCUCCUCACUUAUGUGAGCAUCGUUUACCUGCCAUUGGCAUUUUGUGCAGCUCUUUGGGCCGUGCCCGAUAUAUCGAAUAAGGAUACAAGAACUCCCUUUAUUAUUACUACCAUUCUUGUGGGGUUCGCGACCUACAUAGUGGUAUUUAACCUCGAGAAUAUUGUAGAUAUUCUGGGGAAAUCUUAUACCGGCUAUCGAUCGCGACUAUUGGAGAACAUGAGCGAAGAUCAUGAUUCAUAUUGGCAGUCUCUCCGAGAGCGAUUUGAAGAAUUCCCUCCCAACAACGAGCAACGAAAGCCAUCUGAGUGGUGGAUUCUUCGUUACCAAGUUCAGAAGUGGUUUAGAAGAGCGAAUUAA